AUGAUUUAUGACUUAGCAAGUGAAGCACCAUUGAAUAAUGAUCUUUUCUUGAAUGAAGAUACCGUGUUUGAAUUGGAUAAAGAAAUGCAACCUAUAAACUUCAAUAAUGAUGAAAUUAUUAGUAAUAUUACUAAACAAAGUAUCUCAAUUAAAAACUCAUUAGACAUGACAGCGACCUUGCUAGACCCUCGUUACAAAAGUUUAGAUUUCCUUAGUGAUGAUUCUGAAAAACAACUUACUAUUCAAAAACUUUAUGAUGAAUUUAGUAAAAUAGAAAAUUCAGUAUCUAAACUUUCAAUUAAUCUAACACUAUCUAACACAGAAUCUUCAAUAUAUUUAUAUAAAGCAUAUCUUCAACAACGUCAAAUAAAAAGAAAAAAAAAAGACAACUUAUAUCUUGUAAUACCAGCAAUGUCAGUAUCAAGUGAAAGAUUAUUUUCAGAUGCUAGCAAUCUUAUUGGCCCUAAAAGAAUAAAUUUAGAUUCAAGUUUAGUAAGUCAAAUUCUAUUUUUAAAAAGAAAUCUGGGUAAAAUAGAUGUUUUUGAACUAGAAUGGAAUGAGAACAACAUAGAUCAUAGUAAAAAGGAUUGA